AUGGUUUAUGCAAAUUUCAAACCUGCGACCUUCACGUUGGUGAUGCAUGGCCAUAAAUCUUUUGCUUUGUUUAGUGGAGAAAAUUAUUCUUUGGCAGAGCUACCGAGGGGAAUGUUUGUGGACCCGACUAAGGAGACAGAAGAUCCUACUUUGCUUCUUGAAGAUUGCUUUAAUGGGUGGAAGAAUCUCAAAGACCAAAAUGGUGUUGAUAAGACCUGA